UCCCCGGCAUGUGAAGCCCCCGGGCGCCCGCGCAGUCGCCAGGGUGAGGACCGAGGCCCCGCCUAGAGGGCGGGGGACCGGGGAGGCGGCUGGCUUUAAAUGGGGGCCGUCCGGCGGCUCGCGAACAGUCUGCCGCGGGGGGAGCGCGGACCUCCCUUCCCCGCGCCGACGAUCGGCUGGGGCCGCCGCCAGGCAAGGUGGCGUGAGGCGCUGGAGAGUUCGCCCCCGAGAGCGCUGGUGCCUCGGGCCGAGAUGCUCCUCCGGGACUUGGUGCUGCGCCGGGGCUGCUGCUGGCCUUCACUGCUGCUGCACUGCGCGCUCCACCCUCUCUGGGGCUUCGUGCAGGUGACGCAUGGUGAGCCCCAGAAGUCCUGCUCCAAGGUGACCGACAGCUGUCAACACAUCUGCCAGUGCCGCCCCCCUCCCUUGCUGCCCCCACCACCCCCGCCCCCACCACCUCCCCGACUCCUCUCCGCCCCAGCCCCCAACUCUACCUCGUGCCCCGCUGAGGAAAGCUGGUGGUCGGGGCUGGUGAUCAUCAUUGCGGUAUGUUGUGCCUCCCUGGUGUUUCUCACUGUGCUUGUCAUCAUUUGCUACAAAGCCAUCAAAAGGAAACCACUGAGAAAAGAGGAGAAUGGCACCAAUGUUGCUGAGUAUCCCAUGACCUCCUCACAGAGCAACAAAGGGGUGGAUGUGAACAGCGCCGUGGUGUGAGUCUGCAGAGCCUGGACCUGCUGGCCAGAGGGGUACAUUGGUGGCAUUAGUGGACCCGGGAAAGCAGGCGGACCCGAGCUGACACUGGGCUUGUCCAGGACUUCCGAAGGAGAAACCAACCUCCUCCCAGCCUCGUGCCCGGUCAGCUCGCAGGCAGGGUGGCGCAGACACCGGGCUGAGCCGGGCUCCCCUGCACGCAGCUCCAGGGCCAGCGCCGCCACCCCGGGCUCCGCAUGUCUCCUCCCUGUCUUGUGUUUGAUGUCCCGUCUUCCAGCCGCGCUCUGACAAAAGCAGGGAGUCUGUCUGUCCGCUGGGCUGGGGAGGCAUCCCGCUUUAGCCAAGAGAAAGGUGAUCCAGGGGCCACUCCCCUGCCAGAAAACCUCUCCUCCCCAGCAAGCCUGACGCUUCUCCAUUCACCAUGCGUCCCAACAGAAGCCAUCAGCGCAGCCACGAGACGUCCCCUUCCAAAGGUGCUUCCCACACAUCUGUCUGUCACCGCAUCUGCGACUGUCCUCGGUCUUCAGGGCCUGCCUCCUCCCUCCCCUUCCCACCCACAUCCGGGGCCCCUGGCUCUAGACCCCUGACCCCGUGCCACGGAGGGCUGUGAGCCCAGCCUGUGGAGUCCCCUCCUGAUAGCAGACAGAGGGGCUCUUUUAGAGUGUGACCUUCCAGGGGCAAAACAACUCACUGAACACCAGGCCAAGGAGCCAGGAAGGACGGAGGCCCCUCGGCCUGUCCUCAGACUCAUUCCCACAGCUGAUCCUCAUAGCGACUGACGCCAGCGUGUGAGCCAGGCCCUGCCUUCAUCCGGCGGAGGUCACCACUUAUGCCAAGCCCCCUGUGGGCGCUCCGGGCUAGGCUGCCCCAGCCUGGUGCUGGCUCUCCCUGACCACCUCCAGAGGCCCUAACCAGGUACUCAGACUCUCUCCUGAGAGCCUCCGGCCUCCCCUCACCCACAAAGAGGUGGGGUUCUCCCAGUGCUCCCCUUUGAAUGUCUCUUCCCCAGGUCUUGUGUUCUAAACGUGCUGAAACCUCCGGAGGGGUUGGUAGAUAAAGGGAAGGAAUGAGAAGACCCUCCAGGCCUGGUUAUCCCGUCCACCGGCCUGUUUCCCAGGGGGCCACCGGCCCUGUGGGCACAUGACUAGCCCCGUGGCGACAGCGGCCUGUGGUUUGGUCUCCCCUGGCGGAUUGGGAGAACACUCCUGACCUCGUGGUUCUACUCUCUCCGUGUAGGGACUUGGCUAGGUGGAUCCUGUCCACCUCACAGACCACCAAGUGUAGUUCUCUGGAGGGGAUUUGGGCCACGGUGAGACUUUCCCAUCCAGGUAAGCCUGAUAGAAAACAAGUCCCCUUUCAGGCUGAACCUUGGAAAUCCAUUGUCCCGGAGCCCUUGUGCCGUCAGCGGUCUGUGGUCCGUUGUGUUUCGGAGGGCAGAGGGGAGAAGGUGAGUUUGCUGAGACCCUGACCCGGAUCCCACCCCCAGGUCAGCAGGAACAGGCUGAGGACAGGCCCAGGCCCAGACCCUCUGAGAAAGGCUUCUUUCUUCCUUUCAGUUUUCCUUCGCUGUGAGGACCUGUUUUGGGUUUGGAUUUGGAUUUUGCUUUCCCUGCCUACGUUAGCAUGGGACACCACCACGAGUGGCCGUGGUCAGUCCCCCCAGCUGGCGGGCGCCCAUGCCUUCCACGCCCCCCCAGGGAUGCAGAGCCCGUGGCAAGAGGCCAGAGGGUGUGGGUCUGCAGCGAGACGCUUUCCCUCACGGCCUAUAGCCUCCUGCCAAGUCCCCUGCCUAUGCCCUGAGCAGAUACCCUGGCAGGACCCCCACUCUCAGCACAUGCCACUCUGGGAAGGCCCCUUCAGCCAGAAGGGAGAAUCCUGGCUAAGGGGUACUGGAGGGGUGGGCAGCCAGCCCGGAGAGGCACCCAGGGAGGCAGGGCACAGGCCCGCUUUGCAUAAUCCCACCUUCCCUGACCCUGGCUCCAACCUGGGAGGUUUUACAACUAGCUAAAUCCUUCAGCCCCUGGCGAGGCUCCCUGUGAGGAACUCUGAUGACCACCCACCGUGCUCUGGGGCCAGUGUCCCCUUCCCUGGGGACACAGCCGGGGCUCUGGGAAAAGCUAACAUUUGUGCUAAAUUCCCCAAAUCGUGUUUAUAAAGUCUUAUCGCUCAGUUAGUGAAAACCAAAAGAAGAACCCAGUUCUUAAAAAAGAAUCUACGUGAGAAGUCAACCCACCAAACCUAGAACUGGCCAUUUGGAAACUCCCACAUGUGGCAACGAGGGGACCUCACCGGAGUUUUGGCUUAAGUGACAAGAAAAAAGAAAGAAAAAAAAAAAAAAACACUCGGCCUGGUAUUUGAGCUCAGAACGUUUAUUUCAGGAAUGUAUCUGCAGUCCCUCAACACAGAUCAAUCCUCAGACUAGCCCAAACGUUGAGGUCGAGAACGAAAUGCACAUUUCUUCUCCGCCUUUCCUCAAAUAGAUAUUUUUUAACUGUCUCCUAGUUGAGCCCAACUUAGAAUGGCCUAUAGGAUCUCCCAGAGUUUUUAGGUGUUCCUUAGAAGCUUCUAAAGCAAGUUUUGGAAGAAAGACUAAUAGCUGUAAAAAUAUAGACAUAUAUAUUAUAUAUAGUUAUAUGCAUAUAUUUAAAGAGAUAUCUAUAUCUAUAUAAGAUCACUGUACUCUCCAAAUCUGUACAAAGUCUGAUUUCAACAGCCCAGGUCGUGCGCGCUAAUGCAUGAAUGUCAACACUGAGAUCUGCCUUCCUGACGGUGUGCCGGGGGCACCCACGAAGAGGGCUCUUGUCCCUAGGAGUUCUGUCUCCGUGGACAAACGUGCGGUCUGGGCCAUCUUGUCCACCAGUGAGACACUACUGUGGAUUUUGUGCGGAGAACACCCAGGGGGCAGGACCGGCUGCGUUGGGGGGGUAGGGGAGGCA